AUGCUGACGCCCAAUGCUGUGACAACUUCGCUGGAGGAGUCAGCCAAGGUGGUGGACAGAUCUCAAGACAAGGGCCUGGUCGUCAUUACCAGCCGCCUCAUCCUGCAGCCAAAUAGCGGGCACAGACAGCAGCCGCCAGGACAGCCAGAAGUGGUGGAUUGUGAGAAAGCAGGCCCAGUUUCAGCAGCUGAGAAGAAGGCCGAGGAGGCAUACCAGAAAAAGAUGGACCUUCUGGCAGAGAUGACUAAAGAGCUGCAGGUCAUCCUGCAGCGGCUUUCGGAUAAGAACUUGUGUGACAGCACUCGCGAGAGGUAUCAGACCCUGGCCCAGACGAUCCAGAACAGAAUGUCGUCCUUGUCACGGCCAUACUUUUCCGAGAAGCCUGAGAAAUCUUAUCAGCCGGCAGCUGCGGGCAGUGGCAGUGGGAACUCGCCCCCAAUGUCGCCCGCGUCCCCACCUGCCAUGCCUGUUCCAGCUCUUUCGACUGCCUCAACUACAGCGUUACCUGCAUCGCCUGCGUUUGGAGCGGUGCCCGUGGCUGCUUCUGCACCUGCUCAAUCACUGCCAGAGGUAGUGACAAUCUGA